GAUAUUUUUGGACAACAUUUUGCUUCUUGCAAAGAUUGUGGUGUUGUGUGGUCGUGAAGAACGCCAAAAAAUUUUAAGCGCUCAUAUCGCACCCUCGGAGUGUUUUGUUUUUGUUGUUUCCGGAUUGUAGGAUCGCCAGCCAGCAAAUAACCACAGCCAACCCGGGAUCACGUCUCUCCAUCAGCAAGCGUGUGGCAUCGGCUAUAGUUUCCCCCCCAAAGAAAGAAACGGUCUGCCACCAGUUGUGGAACCCUCAAAAAUUCAGCGGAAAAUUGAUAAAUAAUCUUUCCCCGGACGCCCGCCUCGGAGAUAAGCGUACGGGAACGGGUCGGCUGCUGGUGGUCGUUCGACCGGUACAGGGUUGUUUGCGACGAACGUACGCGCGUUGUUUACGCACCACCGUCUGCCGCAGGAUGCCUUCUAAGAAGAAAAAAUAUAAUGCACGCUUUCCGGCGGGUCGCAUCAAAAAGAUCAUGCAAACGGACGAGGAGGUUGGCAAGGUGGCCCAGGCCGUUCCUGUGAUAAUCUCUAGAACAUUGGAAUUGUUUGUGGAAUCGCUGUUGACCAAAACGCUCAAAAUCACCAACGCCCGAAACGCGAAAACGCUCUCCCCGUCUCACAUGAAGCAGUGCAUCAUAUCGGAGAGUCGGUUCGAUUUUUUGCGCGAUCUGGUGAAAAACAUCCCCGAUAUGGGGAUUAACGAGGAGCUUUCCGGGUCGGAGGCGGGCUACGGUAAUGAAGGCACCUCACCGGCAUCUACCUCGACCUCAUCGUCCUCCGUAUCGUACUCGAACGGGGCAGCGGCAGCCGCCGCAGCUGCUGCCUCCCUCGGCAGUCACCAUCCGUACGAGACAUCCGCGCAUCCCGCAUCGUACCAGCGUUCCGAAUCGUACUCGCCGGCGACGGCGACCAUCUCGCUGCUAUCACACCACAGUCAGCCACACAGUCACAAACGUGGCCUCAGUCAGGGUGGCAGCUUAAACUUCUACAAGGAAAUACAGCUCGAAGGGACGGAGAGUCCGCCGCCGCCGCCACCGAAGCUGAACCGCCUUAACUCGGCCCCGGCCGGUGGUGCGCCGACCGCUGCUUUGCCAUUUAAGAUCGACAUACUACCAAACCUCCCGACAGCCGCCGGUAUCACCUCACCACCUACCAGUAGUAGUAGUAGUAGUAGUAGUAGUAGCAGCUCGCUAGCCAAAGGUACUACCGCCCAAACGCCCGUUGCCAUAACGCCACAGAUAACGUACAACUUUGACCGACUCGCCGCCACAUCACCAUCUUCGGCGACGCCGAAGACGAUGGUAAUGCCCGCAUCGGCGGUAUCCCUCGAACCAGUCAUCAAGCUGGACUAUUCGAACCUAAGAUUACCGGCCACGUCCGCCUCACCGCACGGCAGCUCGGCACGCUCGACGGCAGCGCAGCAGCCCACGAUCAAAAUUGAUCUCAGCAGCAUAGCAACCCGGGGCAGUCCCGCCGCCACACCGGACAGUGGAACACCGAAAAAGCAGCCGACCACCAGUACCACCGUAUCGUCGUUGAAUCCCGCGACGGUGCAAAGCCCGGUCGCCGCAGCCGCCGCACCACCGCUCUUCGCAACCCUAUCCUCCACCAUCCCGGGCAUGGACGAGGAUUACGACGAUAUUUAAAAACUGACCGUGUGCGGAUGUUGCGUUGUAGUUGCAUUUAACCGAAAAUUGUCUUUUUCUUUUCCCCUCGUUUUUUCCUCCGCUAUACCCGUGACCGCGGGCGGGCUUUUGCACGCAAACGUGCGCCCACCUUACAACGAGAUCACAAGUAAAACAAACAAUCACAGCCGUUGCUAUGAUGUGAUUGGGUGGUGUGUGUGUGUGUGUUCAACAGCUGAGCAGAUGGUGUUCCAUUGUGACUCAUCCCGGUGUCACAGCCUACUAACAUAUAGGCAUAUGUUUUUACCAAACAUCUUCAUAGGUUUCAGUGCAAAAAAACAUAAUCGACGGGCCUAAACGCUGGCAAAGGCGCGUUUGACACGUGGACGGAAUUGACCAGGCGCUGGUUCUGGUUGUAAUGGCUUUUUUUUUGCGUUGCCACUAGCUAAAGCUAAACACAGCUGUGUAACUGUGAGAAGAAAAUGAUUGUAUUAAAGCGUAAAUUAAAGAAAAGAAAAACGAAAUUAA